CUCGGUCCGCGGCGGGCCCGGGAGUGCGGGGUGCUCCGGGGCGGCCAGCGGCGGGGAGGGGCGGAGCGCAGGAGGCGGAGGCGGGAGCAGACCAGCGCGGUAGCACGGAGCCGGCGGGGCUGACCGUGACGGGCCCUCUCACCUCCUCUCCUUUCCCCUCCCCGCCCGCCGGUCUUCCCUCACGACUCCUGUCCUGCGCUGCGAGCCGCUCCUUUUCGCCUGAGGCGCGCGGGGCGCCCCCGCGAGCCCCGCGAGUGAGUCCUCGCAGCCCGGAGAAGGGGGUUCUGGGUUUUGGAUGCAGCUGCUAGGGGUGGUGGGAGCAGCCGUGGGACGCGUGGCCGGGAGCGGGGGUGACAGCCUGGGAUUCCGGGGGCUUCUCUUCCUUGUCCUCCUCUCCUCUCUAUUCCCAGUGUGGCCGUGGCUGACACUAAAGACUUUGUAGCCAUCAACUCGAGUGCAGUUUCGAUGGAAAAUGAAGGUUGCACGUUUUCAAAAAAUACCUAAUGGUGAAAAUGAGACAAUGAUUCCUGUAUUGACAUCAAAAAAAGCAAGUGAAUUACCAGUGAGUGAAGUUGCAAGCAUUCUCCAAGCUGAUCUUCAGAAUGGUCUAAACAAAUGCGAGGUUAGUCAUAGGCGAGCCUUCCAUGGCUGGAAUGAGUUUGAUAUCAGUGAAGAUGAACCACUAUGGAAGAAGUAUAUUUCUCAGUUUAAAAAUCCCCUUAUUAUGCUGCUUCUGGCUUCUGCAGUCAUCAGUGUCUUAAUGCAUCAGUUUGAUGAUGCCGUCAGUAUCACUGUGGCAAUACUUAUUGUUGUUACAGUUGCCUUUGUUCAGGAAUAUCGUUCAGAAAAAUCUCUUGAAGAAUUGAGUAAACUUGUGCCACCAGAAUGCCACUGUGUGCGUGAAGGAAAAUUAGAGCAUACACUUGCCCGAGACUUGGUUCCAGGUGAUACGGUUUGCCUUUCUGUUGGGGACAGAGUUCCUGCUGAUUUACGCUUGUUUGAGGCUGUGGAUCUUUCCAUUGAUGAGUCUAGCUUGACAGGAGAGACAACACCUUGUUCUAAGGUGACAGCUCCUCAGCCAGCUGCAACUAAUGGAGAUCUUGCAUCAAGAAGUAACAUUGCCUUCAUGGGAACGCUGGUCAGAUGUGGCAAAGCAAAGGGUAUUGUUAUCGGAACAGGAGAAAAUUCUGAAUUUGGAGAAGUUUUUAAAAUGAUGCAAGCAGAAGAAGCACCAAAAACCCCUCUGCAGAAGAGCAUGGAUCUCUUAGGAAAACAACUUUCCUUUUAUUCCUUUGGUAUAAUAGGUAUCAUCAUGUUGGUUGGCUGGUUGCUAGGAAAAGAUAUCUUGGAAAUGUUUACAAUUAGUGUAAGUUUGGCUGUAGCAGCAAUUCCUGAAGGUCUUCCUAUUGUGGUCACAGUGACAUUAGCCCUAGGUGUUAUGAGAAUGGUGAAAAAACGGGCCAUUGUGAAAAAACUGCCUAUUGUUGAAACUCUGGGCUGCUGUAAUGUGAUUUGUUCAGAUAAAACUGGAACACUGACGAAGAAUGAAAUGACUGUUACUCACAUAUUUACUUCAGAGGGUCUGCAUGCUGAGGUUACUGGAGUUGGCUAUAAUCAGUUUGGGGAAGUAAUUGUUGAUGGUGAUGUUGUUCAUGGAUUCUAUAAUCCAGCUGUUAGCAGAAUUGUUGAGGCGGGCUGUGUGUGCAAUGAUGCUGUAAUUAGGAACAACACUCUAAUGGGAAAACCAACAGAAGGAGCCUUGAUUGCUCUUGCAAUGAAGAUGGGUCUUGAUGGACUUCAACAAGACUAUAUCAGAAAAGCUGAAUAUCCUUUUAGCUCUGAGCAGAAGUGGAUGGCUGUUAAGUGUGUACACCGAACACAGCAGGACAGACCAGAGAUUUGUUUUAUGAAGGGUGCUUAUGAGCAGGUGAUUAAAUACUGUACUACGUACCUUAGCAAAGGGCAGACCUUGACUCUCACCCAGCAGCAGAGAGAUAUGUACCAACAAGAGAAGGCACGGAUGGGUUCAGCUGGUCUCAGAGUUCUUGCUUUGGCCUCUGGUCCUGAACUGGGACAGCUGACAUUUCUUGGCUUGGUGGGAAUCAUCGACCCUCCUAGAACUGGUGUGAAAGAAGCUGUUACAACACUCAUUGCCUCAGGAGUAUCGAUAAAAAUGAUUACUGGAGAUUCACAGGAGACUGCAGUUGCAAUUGCGAGUCGUCUGGGAUUAUAUUCUAAAACUUCUCAGUCAGUCUCAGGAGAAGAAAUUGAUGCCAUGGAUGUCCAGCAGCUUUCACAAAUUGUACCAAAGGUUGCAGUAUUUUACAGAGCUAGCCCAAGACACAAGAUGAAAAUUAUCAAGUCUCUACAGAAGAAUGGGUCGGUUGUGGCCAUGACAGGAGAUGGAGUAAAUGAUGCAGUUGCUCUGAAGGCUGCAGAUAUUGGAGUUGCAAUGGGCCAGACUGGGACAGAUGUUUGCAAAGAGGCAGCCGAUAUGAUCCUGGUGGAUGAUGAUUUCCAAACCAUAAUGUCUGCAAUUGAAGAGGGUAAAGGAAUUUAUAACAACAUAAAAAAUUUUGUUAGAUUUCAACUGAGCACGAGUAUAGCAGCAUUAACUUUAAUCUCAUUGGCUACAUUAAUGAACUUUCCUAAUCCUCUCAAUGCAAUGCAGAUUCUGUGGAUCAAUAUUAUUAUGGAUGGACCCCCAGCUCAGAGUCUUGGAGUAGAACCAGUGGAUAAAGAUGUCAUUCGUAAACCUCCUCGCAACUGGAAGGACAGCAUUUUGACUAAAAAUUUGAUACUUAAAAUACUUGUUUCAUCAGUAAUUAUUGUUUGUGGGACUUUAUUUGUCUUCUGGCGUGAGCUGCGAGACAAUGUUAUCACACCUCGAGACACAACAAUGACGUUCACAUGCUUUGUGUUUUUUGACAUGUUUAAUGCACUAAGUUCCAGAUCUCAGACCAAAUCUGUGUUUGAGAUUGGACUCUGCAGUAAUAAAAUGUUUUGCUAUGCAGUUCUUGGAUCCAUUAUGGGACAAUUACUAGUUAUUUACUUCCCUCCACUUCAGAAGGUUUUUCAGACGGAGAGCCUAAGUAUACUGGAUCUGUUGUUUCUUUUGGGUCUCACCUCUUCAGUGUGCAUAGUGUCAGAAAUUAUAAAGAAGGUUGAAAGGAGCAGGGAAAAGAUCCAGAAGCAUGUUAGUUCGACAUCGUCGUCUUUUCUUGAAGUCUGGCUCUGGGAGAGGAGUGGACAGCAGCUGGUUGAGAUACAUCCCCAUCUGGAGACAGGACUGCCACUGACAGAAGAUGUGAGCUGUGUCUAAAUCCAGUCUCCGGCCCGGCCACGUCAGCUCCUUCACUCUUUGGAACUCUUCAUACAACAUCUUAGCACCACCUUCCUGCAGCUCUUCUUUACCUAGACAAAGAAAGAAUUCAAGGCAGUAUUUUCCAAAAAUACUGCCAUCAGCCUGACAUUUUCUUCACAUAUAAAAUUUCAGAUUCCACAAAGAAGAAAAUUAAUUUAAAAACCUAAUUGUCUUUCUCUUCUGGCUUCAUAUAUACCUUGCUGUAUAAAAUUGAAAUAUUUAUACUCAAGUAACUUUUUAAUGAUAACCUAGCUUUCUUCAACCCUAAAUUAUCUUUUCCUUGAAGUAAUAUCUCUUCUGCUGAUCUGUUACCUGAUCUUAAACAUGUCUGCAUGUGAACUCUCCAAAUUCUGUCUAUGGAAACAAGUGACUAUUAAACAACAUUCUCUUUA